UUGAGAGGCGUUGCCGCACGCAGACUACUCCAGGAUUAUAUACCCCCCCCGUUUGUUACACAUUUUCAUAGAUUGCGCAUUUAGCCACCGCGUACAGCACAGUAACCGCACAGAGUUCCAAGAUACUCCAACAAAUAAAGGUUUAAACAUGGCCAACUACAUUCACGUACCCGACGAGGCUCCAGCUGUGCCCAAAAUAGAUGUGACAGUUGACGAGAGCGACUACAGAUCCGGUGCACUGAAGCUGAUAAAGGAGCUGAGACCGAGCUGGAAGCCAUCCGAGGUCAAAGUGAAGUUUUUCACAGACGGAAUAACCAAUAAGCUUCUGGGCUGCUACGUGGGUCCAGUCAUGCAGGAUGUGGUUCUGGUCCGUAUUUAUGGCAACAAAACUGAACUCUUGGUUGACCGGGAGAAUGAGGUGAAAAGUUUCAGGGUACUACAUGCACACCGCUGUGCCCCACACCUAUACUGUACCUUCAAUAAUGGCCUGUGCUAUGAGUUUCUGCAAGGAACUGCCCUGGAGCCCGAGCACAUUCGCAGCCAACCUGUUUUCAGGCUCAUUGCCAGGCAGCUGGCCAAGUACCACGCCAUCCAUGCCCACAAUGGCUGGGUGCCGCAGUCGGAUCUGUGGCUGAAGAUGGGCAAGUACUUUGCUCUCAUCCCCAAGCACUUAAAGGACCCCGAGAAGAACAACAGGUUGCGUAUGGAGGUGCCCAGCCCACUGUGCCUCCGAGAAGAGCUGGUGUGGCUCCAGCAGAGCUUGUCGGUGCUUGGCUCCCCCGUAGUUCUCUGCCACAACGACCUGCUCUGCAAAAACAUAAUUUAUAACCAGAAGGCAGGCAAUGUAAAGUUCAUUGACUACGAGUAUGCUGGGUACAAUUACCAAGCCUACGACAUUGGGAAUCAUUUCAAUGAGUUUGCUGGCCUGAACGAGGUGGAUUAUAGUCACUACCCAGAUCGGACCUUUCAGCUGCAGUGGCUCCGCUCCUACCUGGAGGCCUAUAAGGAGCACAAAGGCCAGGGCAAUGAAGUGACUGACGGAGAGGUGGAGAUUCUUUAUGUCCAAGUCAACCGAUUUGCCUUGGCAUCUCAUUUCUUCUGGGGUCUCUGGGCUCUGAUUCAGGCCAAGUUCUCCACUAUCGACUUUGACUUCUUGGGAUAUGCAGUCCUGCGCUUCAACCAGUACUUCAAGAUGAAACCAGAGGUGGCUGCGCUGAACUUACCUGAAUAAAAUCCCCCACUCCCCCAUCUUCUCUUCCUCCUGCUCUCCCUCCCUUCCAACCUGCUUUGCGCUUCACAUGACUACUGCAGAGCGCCCUCUUGGGGUGUGUGUAGGGAAGAGCCAGACUGAGAGUCUGUCCUGUUCAGUGCCUACAGGGUCCCCCUCUACAUGUCCUUAUCUCUAUAGAUUGAAUAGACCACAAACUUUGUCCAUCAUCUGCUGUCACAGCUUGUUAACAAGGAGGUAGCCCAAGCCAUUUGUACUGUGGGCGUGUGUCAAGUAGAGACUUGAGACCUGCUAUAAUGUGAAGCCCACAUAACUGAAAUUAUUGUGGUCAUUUCAAUUAAUCUAAUAUCAAUUAACGUGAUAUCAGUGUAUUGUAUUUGUAAGCAGCUUUUCUCAUAGCUCUGAUCACUUUAAAUACAUUGUAGGUGGAAUGUCUCCUCCUUCACAACCAAUACAUAGUAACCACCUAUCUGACAGGUGGCUCAAACACUAAUCUGAUUGCCUGGAGACACCUUCCUCAUAUGCACAUUCAUGAGGAAAAACCAUUGAGCACCAGCCCAGCUACCAACCAAAUUUAUAAUGACAUGAUAGCAAUACAAAGCCUGCUUUGUUUGCUGAGGAACCGAGACGAAAAAAACUAAACAAAAAAAGAAGAAAUGCAAACACGGAAAGGCCAGUGCUGUCCCUUAAUCCCAUGUGAUGAGCCACAACAGGCAAAAAAAAAAAAACUUGUGGUUGCCUUGUGACUCUUGUUUUCACCCGUAUUUUUCCCAACAUCCUGUGCGCCAGAAUACCCAUAUAGUCAUUGUUGCUGUGUAGUUUGGUGAGGGCUUGUGUGUUUUGGCUUUCUGGACUGAAGGUAGAAACAUCGAGUUGUAGGAGAGCAUCUUGUGUUUACAUAGUUGAGCACUGAGCAGUCUUUGACUCGAGGGAGAGUUUCACUGUAAUGUAAGUUUUUACUGUUUGUUUAGACACUUGGGUUUUGUCUAAAUCUUUACUGGGGACAAACUUGCAUCUCACUGUAAUUUGAACAUUCCAUGUUCAUAAUGGUAGACAGGAAAUAUGGUUGUAAUUCAAAUGGUAAGUCAGCAGUGUCGGUGACUUGAUUGUGACAUCGACUGUAAAGAUGUGCUGUACAAAAUGAGACCAAACCAUUAUAUUGUCUGCUCCAUGUCAGGGAAAGUAUGAGAAUCAUCUUUGUUACAAAACACUGCUGUUCAGUCCAACUGAACUAAGGACUGUCCAUUUUAUACAAUUGUAGACCAGUUUUCAUUCAGUUGUGUUAUGAGAAGUGUAAUAUGGCCUUGCUUACUGUCAGAUUACUGAGCCAUUGUUGGCAUUUGUCAUUUUAAGCACCCAAUGUUGGAAUGAAGGUCUGUAGAAAAGUGGAAUUUUUGCGAAAAAGAAAGUGGAGCUGGUUGUCUCAACUUGGCCAA